UAACCUAUAAAUUUGUCUAGUAGCGCAUGCGCAAUUUAUUUCGUCUCAUGUUCGGCGGUAAUGCAGAAGGUGUUUUACUUUUGAAUGUGAAUGUGUGCUGUGAAUGUGUAGUUAAGGUUUUAAACAAUUUAAUUAAAUUUAGUAAUAAUGUACAGUUUAUUUUAUUUGUGCACUUUUAUCUUAAGUUUAGGUGUAAUUGAAACAAAUACUUGGGAUAUUGCUGUUUCUCAUGAUGGCGGGAUAGGUUUGGAAACUUCUGCAGGAGAAUUACUAACAACCACAGCCUUGCAAGCAAAACCAGGAGCAAUGUACUAUGAUCCCUUAGAACAAAAACUAUUUUAUGGAGAUAACUCAGGAGAUAGCAGUCUCCGGUCUAUCGACUUAUCAGGACCAGCUCAAUCCCAAACUGGUGCUAUCGGUAAAUCUGUGGUUUUGCGUCGUCCAGGCGACGCACCUAUACAAGGCAUCGCUUACGACCCUGUCGAGCGUGCCAUUUUCUGGACAGACGGAUCGGCUGGACGUCGAAUUUUUAAGUACGAUCUACCUGCCUUUGAUACGCCUGACCAACAAUAUGAAGCUGGUAAAAGACGUGUUUUUAUGAGUUUUGACCAAGAAAUGCCUCAAGGAAUAACGGUUGACGCGUGUCGAAGAAAAUUAUAUUGGACAAAUGCAAAUCAUAAAUCACCUUCCAUAGAAAGGUCGAAUUUAGAUGGAACUGGACGUGAAGUACUUAUUAAUACUGAUUUAUUUAUACCUUUAGACAUUAUUAUUGAUCAAAAUGCUAAGCGAAUUUAUUGGGCUGAUGACAAAGAAGGGGUCUAUUUCAGAAUUGAAAGUGCCGCUCUUGAUGGAACUGAUCGCAAAAUAAUUUACAAUGGAAAGGAUCAUCAGCCUAGUGGUCUUGCAAUAUCAGGGGAUGGUAGAAUAUUUUGGACAGACUGGGUUUAUAAAGCACUUUGGAGCUUAGAUCAUAAUGAAAUGAAGAAUGUUUUUAAACCUGUUAUUUUACAAAAGUUUCAUUCUGAUCCAAUUGCGGUCGUUACUAGGUUAAAUACUGCUCAAGCAUAUGGAAAUUCUGAGGAAUGCUCAUCAGUAAUGGAUAUGUUACAGAAUCGCACUGAACCUGUUCCUCAAAUUGAAUUACAAUGUAUGCAUGGCACACUUGUUGGUAUGACUUGUCAAUGCGUUAGUGGAUACACAGGGACCCAUUGUGAACUGCCUUUGUGCCACAAUUAUUGCUUAGGAGAUGCCCAGUGUCAUAUAAUAAAUGAUAAGCCGCAAUGUGAUUGUCCCUCUGAAAAAGAAGGAGAGAGAUGUGAAGUAAUUAAGAAACGGUCCGCUCUAGCUAUGCUGACUCCUACACAAGAGAUGAGCAAAAUCAAAGGGUCUUCGAUGCAAAGAAAUGAAUCAGAUGAAAUUGAUGAACUUAAGAGUGAUGCAGUUUAUGAUUCCACUAUUAGUGAAUGCCUUUCAAGAUCUCCCAUACCUGUUCUAGCUUCUUUAUGUUGUCUUUUAUUCUUGACCACUUGUGUUUUAACAUGGAAAUUAUAUCACAGCACAAGAAGGCCAAGAAUUCACAAAAGAAUAAUAGUUAACAAAAAUCAGCCUAUGUCUGCAAGGCCUUCUCCAGAUGCAUCAAAUGGAACAACAGUUACUCAGCAAACUAUAGUUGGUCCGGAUACCUGUGAAAUUACUAUUGAAAAUUGCUGUAAUAUGAAUAUUUGUGAAACGCCUUGUUUUGAUCCUGUCAGUUACAGAGAACCUACUGAAAAGCACAAAUCGAAAAAAGAAGAAAAGAAAAAUUUACUAGUUGGUAUGGAAUCUGGUGAAGAUUUAUAUUGAUAAAGAAAAAACCUAAAUGCUAGUAAAUUAUAGAAUGACCGCCCAAAGCCAGACAAAAUGUUAAUUAUUUAAAAGAAAAAAUGUGGAUGUCGUUGUCAGCUAUGUUAGCUUUACAAGAAAUCAACUGCAGCCAUGAUGCAUUUGGUAUGUUAUUCAUACAAGCAUAAUAUUAUAUGUGCAAUGAUGUGCAACAUAUAGAUAUAUAAUAAAAUGUUGAGUUUAUAAAUCUCUAUUUUUGCACCAUAUUGGUGAAGAAAAGUUGUUAACUGUAUAAAAAUUUCAUAAUAUUUGUGUAGAAACAAUAUUAUAACUUGAAAAUAAGGUAUGAAUAAAUAUCCUCGAAUUUGACUCAA